UGAUUAGUGAUUUUGAAAUUACUCUGUUCUAUAUUAGACAAUAGAGCAAACUUUUGCGAAAAAUGUAUCGACACUUGUAAGGAAGACUUACUGUUUUUGUUUUUCUACUUUGUUGGGACACUCUUACAAUGUUGACAUCACAAUUUGAACGUUGACCUUUAGUUAACGCUGUGGAUAGAUUACCGUGUUAGGAACAUAUGUUCAUUUUAAUGAUAUGUACCGAAUGCACUAUACUUUGUUAUGUUCGGAGUAGAUUCCGAAAAUAAACAUCCGUCAUAGGAGUUUAUUAGUGUACUGAAUAAACCUUUUAUUUCGGAAUAAUUUAUCGUUUGCUAAAUAUUCGGGUUGAUUAUAUCUACAGUUUUUGUUAACUAUAAAGAGUAAAUCAAUCAAGUUAUUCUUUGAAGUCUGUGGCGUGUGUCAACCGAUACAGAUAACAGGGUUUCAGUAUGACGAAAUUAUUCUUAAUGAGUGGGUAUUGGCAUCAUGAGUUUUGUUAAGCUCCUGCGUGAUGUCUGUCGAAAUGUUCAGUCGUCGUAGCUCACUUCAAGCCAGCAAGAAAGCUCAUUCACAUAAUUUUAAAUCAAACUAUUUUAUGAAGUUUUUUGUAUUACUGCUGGAAAUAUUAUAUGAUCGGGAACGUUUUAUACCUAGCUAGUAACAGCUGCAGUUAAUGCACACUACCACCGGCCUCAGUACCACAGUUGACCAUGUAUAAUGUGAGCAUGUCAACAUUUUCUCCAUAUAACCGUCAUACUAUUAUUUAAAAAUUACUACCAAUGGAUCCCUUCCACUUUGUCAAUGAAUUCCAUCGAUUAAAUCUAACAACAGGACUACCAAAUUAUGGUUAUAUAUAUUAUGCUGAUCUUUACUCUUCGAAUUCAUUCAUUUUGGAGAUUUUAAUCAGCUUACUAUGUAUUGUUGGUAUUACAUCAAAUUGCCUUUUGUUUAUCUUCCACAUAUGUGCUAUACUGUAUGGUAAAAAACAUUUGUAUCAGGUGCCUUAUCCAAUAUAUCUACAGAAAAUGUAUAAAUAUCCAUUGUAUCGCCGAUGUAUGCGUCGAUUGUUUAUAAUAUUUUGUAAAUGGCCAUUAUCAUAUAUUGUUUCACUUAUUACCUUUUGUUUACAAUGUAUAUUUUGUAAUAAAUGCAAAGGUAAGGUUAACAAGCUAACGACAACAAAGCAUAAUAACGCUACAAUUACAUCAACAACAAAUACUGACGUUAAUACUAUAACUACCUCUCAGAGUACACUUAUUCCACUGUCGACAGAUAAUCACAAUGGUAAUAUAUACAAUAAUAAUAACGUAAUGAUUGAUAUGAAGUUUGAAGUGCAUUGGCCCGGUGUUUCGAUUCUCAAACCUUUAUCUGGUAGAGAUCCUAAUUUAGAAACUAAUUUGUUAUCAUUUUUCCAAAUGGAUUAUCCUGUAUUUGAAUUGCUGUUUUGUAUAGCUGAUAAAGAAGAUCCAGCUUAUGAGCUUGCUGAACGUUUAAUUAAACAAUAUCCUCAUGUUGAUGCACACAUUAUCAUAGCCAAAGAUUUAUUUGGUAUUAACCCGAAGAUUAAUAAUUUACAAGCUGGUUAUGAAGCUUCCAAGUAUUCGUUGCUAUUAAUAUCAGAUUCAGGUUUAUGGAUGCGUUCAGAUGCAUUAAUGGAUAUGGUAUCAACAUUAGAAGUGGAUCCAAAAGUUGGUCUUAUCCAUCAAGUGCCUUAUAUGAAGCCAUAUAAUGGAAUUUUAUCAUCUAUACGAGACAUAAACAUUGCAUCUUUUCAAGGACGCUCCAAACAUAUUAAUUGUAAUCAAGUUCAUAAGACAACAUUGAGAGCAAGAACAUCAAUAGAUUUAGAUUAUAUUCCAACCAUUUGUGAACAGCCAUCAUUUACCUGGGUUGUACAGUUAGUUUUUUUUUCAUGUUGGCAUGCAAAAGUCUAUUUAACUGCAUCAUUUCUUAAUGUGAAUUGUGUAACUGGCAUGUCAUGUCUAUUACGUAAGUCAACAUUAAGUGAUUCCGGUGGUUUUAAACAAUUUGGCUGUUAUCUAGCAGAAGAUUAUUUCAUAACAAAGUAUAUAUCUAAUCGAGGUUGGAAAAUAACUUUAUCUCAUCAACCAGCUUGGCAAAAUUCACCAUCACCUUGUCUAUAUCAAUUUUAUUUACGAAUAUUACGUUGGUCACAGUUAAGAAUAAGUAUGGCGAUUUUGAGUUUUAUAUUUGAACCAUUCACAAGAUGCCUACCAAAUGCUUUAUUGGGAGCUUUCACAUUUGCUUAUAUUUUUCCAAAUUUUAUUGAUCCAGGUGUAUAUUUUAUGUGUUAUACCCUUAUAUGGUUUUUGUUAGAUUAUAUAUUAUUACGUCAAAUUUAUCCACCGGCAACUCCAAUAUGUAUCACAAAAUUAGAAUAUCUUGUAGCUUGGUUAUUUUCUGAAUUGUUAGCUUUUCCACUGCAUUUAACAGCGGCUUGUUUUCGUGAAGUACGUUGGCGUGAUAAACGAUUUCGUAUACGAUGGGGUGGGAUUUCUGAACGAAUUGAUCAACACAAUUUCAUAUAAUUUUAUAAUAAGUUUUGUUGAUAUAUGAAUUGAAAAAGAGUUAUAACAUUUAAUUGUAGAUUAUUUAUUGGUGUAUUAUAUAUUUCUGUUAUUUUGAUCACUAAAUCUGGUCUUUCCACUUCAAAAUGACAAUAUUAUUUUUUAGGAAUUAAAAAAUUAAUCUUCAGUAUAUAUAUAACCAUUAUUACUGUUGUUCGCUGUUUUUGUUUGUCUCUACUGUUAUUUUUCACUGUGGUUAAUAAUAUCAUUCUUACUAUUAUUGUUGAUAUGAGACCUAAAAGAAAGAUUGUAAAUAUAAAAAUAUAUACAUAUAUUAUUA